AUGAAAAAUGAAAAUAUCAUUAAAUAAAAUCAACCCUACCCUUACAGUGAACUUAGGGAAGGGCUAUUAUUUUAGUGACGAUCAAUAAAAAUAACGUCAUAGUUCUGUGGUGUAAUAAAUAACAGUUAAAACUUAAAAUUUUCAAUUACGAGUUUAGCCUAUCUACUUUAAUUAAAUAACUUUUUAGUGUCAUAGGGCCUACAUAGGAUAUAGGCUAAAUGCACCAUCUAGCCUAUGCUUAAGGAAGGGCACAAUUUAUUAUUUUGUGUUUUAUUUUUAACGAAAACAUCUCAGAAUUCUAUAAUAAUUGAGCGAUAGUAGAAUGGCUUCUGGUCAUGAUGCAGAAUUAGAUGCAAAAGUAAAAAAAGCCACAGAGAGAAUAUCAGAGAAUAUGCACAUAGUGGCUAACGAGCCAUCAUUGGCGUUCUACCGGCUUCAAGAACAUGUGCGUAAGGCUCUUCCUCCAAUGGUAGACAAGCGUGUGGAUGUUAGCAAAGUGCACCAACAGUUGCAAGGUAGAUGCUACGACGUAGAGUAUGCUGUCAGUGCCAUAAAAUCAAUGGAAAAUGCAGACAGUACGUUUCUUAAUAUUCAAGAACUUUUGAAAACAGCAAUUUUUUUGAAGCAGCAGAUUAAGUAUGAAGAAUCAAGAAGGGGUAAAAAGGAAGGGUCAUCCGUCUAUAAAAGGCUAUCUGCACACAUUACACUAGAUCUGCCAGAUUUACCCGAACUGUCAGAUGCUUUACGUGAAACAGCCAACCGGGUUGAGUCUAUGAUGCGGCAUUCCACUACGGACAAUGUUCAACAUUGAAGUUUUAUGACUUGUGCAAUCAAUCAUUUAUUUGAUACUUCAGUGUGAAAUCGACUGUCUAAAUGUGUAUUAUUAAAUUGUAAGGACUAAUUUUGUGGUUAUGUGUUAACCGUUUUCAUUUAUCAUUCUCAGUAGAACUUAACUAUGAAAUUGUGCAUUAUUUCCGGUCGCUAUUAGGGCACAACACAUGAAGACAACCCUUUUGCCACUCCUGCCAGCUACUGAGCCAGUCAUCGCUAUGCACGCAGAGACCUGUGGAUUACC